AUGGGCGAUCGCAGCGGCGCGAGCGGCUCCCGGCGCCGGAGGACGGGGUCGCGGCCCUCGAGCCAGGGCGGCAGCGGGCCCGCGGCGGCGGCAGAAGAGGAGGUACGGGACGUGGGCGCCGGGGGGGACGCGCCUGCCCCGGAGAAGGACAAGGACGGAGACGUCGACGUGGGCAGCGGCCAGUGGGAUUUGAGGUGCCACCGCCUGCAGGAUUCUCUGUUCAGCUCUGACAGUGGCUUCAACAACUACCGUGGCAUCCUGAAUUGGUGUGUGGUGAUGCUGGUCUUGAGCAAUGCGCGGUUAUUUUUAGAGAACCUCAUCAAGUACGGCAUCCUGGUGGAUCCCAUCCAGGUGGUGUCUCUGUUUCUGAAGAACCCCUACAGCUGGCCCGCUCUGUGCCUGGUCAUUGUGGCCAACAUCUUUGCCGUGGCUGCGUUCCAGGUGGAGAAGCGCCUGGCUGUGGGUGCCCUGACGGAGCAGGCAGGGCUGCUGCUGCACGUGGUCAACUUGGCCACCAUUCUCUGCUUCCCGGCGGCUGUGGCCUUCCUGCUUGAGUCCAUCACUCCAGUGGGCUCCGUGCUGGCUCUGAUGGUGUACACCAUCCUCUUCCUCAAGCUGUUCUCCUAUCGGGACGUCAACCUGUGGUGCCGAGAGCGCAGGGCUAGGGCCAAGGCCAAGGCUGCUGCUGCGGGUAAGAAGGCCAACGGGGGAGCUGCCCAGUGCGCCGUGAGCUACCCUGACAACCUGACCUACCGUGACUUGUACUACUUCCUCUUUGCCCCCACCCUGUGUUACGAGCUCAACUUCCCCCGCUCCGCCCGCGUCCGAAAGCGUUUCCUGUUGCGGCGGCUCCUUGAGAUGCUGUUCCUCACGCAGCUCAUGGUGGGGCUGAUUCAGCAGUGGAUGGUCCCCACCAUCCAGAACUCCAUGAAGCCCUUCAAGGACAUGGACCACUCCCGCAUCAUCGAGCGCCUCCUGAAGCUGGCGGUCCCCAACCACCUCAUCUGGCUCAUCUUCUUCUACUGGCUGUUCCACUCCUGCCUGAACGCCGUGGCCGAGCUCAUGCAGUUCGGAGACCGGGAGUUCUAUCGGGACUGGUGGAACUCUGAGUCCGUCACCUACUUUUGGCAGAACUGGAACAUCCCGGGGGCAAUUGUUUUCCAGACUACUUCUCUUCACGAAGCAUCAUCAGUGCUGAGGUCAGAUGCCCAGCUCCGGAGGGGAAGCAGCAAGUGGGCAGCCAGGAUGGGGGUGUUCCUGGCUUCAGCCUUCUUCCACGAGUACCUGGUGAGCAUCCCUCUGCGCAUGUUCCGCCUCUGGGCCUUCACGGGCAUGAUGGCUCAGAUCCCACUGGCCUGGAUAGUGGGCCGCUUCUUCCGUGGCAACUACGGCAACGCGGCCGUGUGGCUGACACUCAUCAUCGGGCAGCCGGUGGCGGUGCUCAUGUACGUCCACGACUACUACGUGCUCAACUACGAGGCCCCGACGGUCAGGGCCUGA